CGACAGCGCAUCGCCCAUACCAUUUCCUGCCGAGCGACAAUUAUUCUCGGUGUCGCACAGACUCACCCUUUCAUACGAGGCGCGAAACCCGCAACCUUCAGCCGCCAUACCUCCGAAAUAAUUGCCUCCGCCGCGAUCGCACCUCCGCCUUCCCCACAGUCACGACCAACGCGACUACGAGACCGCCGCAUCUGCCUCUGGCGAUUCAGUACCGCAAAAAGUCAUUUCACGAUACACAUCAGUCGAAAACACGCGGCAAACAGUUUCACGGGUUACAACAACGCGCUAGGGCACAAGCACGACGCGCUCACCAACUACUGCAUGAGAGAGCCUCCGCGGCUGCUACCACUCGCGCAACCAAUGUUCUAGGGCCUAUACCACUCGGACUGCGACAGUGGCUUACUUUGCCUCCAAGGUGGCCUCUGCCGUCAACUUCGCAAUGGCGGAAAUCAUGGGCCAAGCCGCGGCCAAUACCGACCCAGACGACAUCGAUGCGGAUGGCGAAUAUGAAAUGGACGAUAUAGAGUACGCACCUGGCCCGGCUAUCGAGAAUAUGCCCGAUGCUGAAGGUCAUACAACAGACGCUGAGGGCUCAGACAUGGAUGCCGAGGGCGAGGAUGUGGAUGCCGAAGGCGAAGAUGUGGAUGCAGAGGGUGAAGAUGUGGACGACGACGAGGACGAAGCUGAGCCUGUUGGCGCUGUCAAGAUCGCAUUGCGUCGACCCAGGUCCGACGAUGAGGAAGAGGACUAUGACGGCGACGAUGUCGCAAGGGAAUCCUCCGAUGCUAAGUCCAGCGACAGCGACGAGUCAAGUAACCUUGAUUCCGAAGAAGAAAACCAAUGGCAGGAGAGCGAUGGUGGUGAAGAGGAUGAAAUUAUCAAGUCGAACAACCCCAACGUGUGCAUAUACUGCAAAUUAGACGAGGACAACGACCCCAGCCCGGAAUUCGAGGAAUACCUCUCUUGCGCCCAGUGCGGAGACAAUGCACAUCGGCAAUGCGCCCGUGACGCUAAUACGCUUAGUCCCGAUGACGAUGCAAAGCUUUGGCGCUGCGAGGAAUGUAUCAACAACUUCCCAACGGAAGCAGAAGAAGAGGCUGACGAGCCUUCUACUCGUCGGAGACGUUCGUCUUUGAACAAAUUGACCAAGGAGUUGCUCCCUUCACAUCGUGGGGUCGAUCCCGAAGGACAUUCAAUCUUCAAAGAGCUAAUUCUUCCCGACGAGCCAGCAGAUGGACUACGUUCGCUUCGCAAACGCAAGACUUCGCAGGAAGAGGAAGCGCCGAUUCCGUCGAGGCAAACACGGAAGAAGCGGAGACCUUCCGAAGCAUCCAACUCAGAUGCGGCGCCAUCAGUGCCUGCAGUCUCACCCCGGCCACCUUCAAGAAGCGUACGAAGUGCUCGUAGCGUCAUGACGGAUGGUCACGAAAGUGGAGGCGAGGCAGAGCACACUGGUUCAGAUCGAGAGGCAGGGCGCUUACGACCAGCGCGAGCACGUCGUGGUCAGCCUAAGAGGACUGACAAACGACCACUCGCAUGGAUCGAAGAGGCUCAACCUGGGAGCCUGAUUAUCGCUUUCCAUCUCAACAACGAGAAAGUCCAGAAGAUUGUCACCGCCAAGCCCAAAGUGAAGACACUCACGCGCGAGCAAGAGCGACAGGAGAGGCGGCGCGAGAGGGAUAGAGAACGUCGCGAAAGAAAUCGUCGAGCUGCACAGGCUGCACGAGAAUCCUCAGAGGUCUUGCAUUACCCAACAAUACACAUUCAAAAUGCCACUCCGUUCGCAGGCUUCACCGACAGGGAGCCAGACGAGGUCAAGAGCAAGCCCUACGGUGGUGUACUUUCAGAAGCCGAUGCCGAUACAUCCAAGACCUAUCCUUCGCCCGCCGACCGGAAGCGGUUCGACGAUGCUCGUAUCAAGGCUGAAGAAGAAUGGAAAGUGAAGCAGGCCGCACUUUACCCGCCCGAACCACUCCGGUCGCACAAGCAAGCAACCACGGCGAGCAAGAUCAAAUGCGUCAAUUUCGGUGGCUGGGAGAUCGACACCUGGCACGCUGCGCCAUAUCCCGAAGAGUACAGCAAGAAUCGGGUGCUUUACAUAUGCGAGUUCUGUCUCAAGUACAUGAACUCGGAUUAUGUGGCAUGGCGGCAUAAGCUUAAAUGUCCAGCGAAGCACCCUCCUGGCGACGAGAUUUACCGCGACGGCAAGUACUCUUUCUUCGAAGUCGAUGGCCGAAAGAAUCCAGUGUACUGCCAGAAUCUCUGUUUGCUCGCCAAGUUGUUCCUCGGUUCCAAGACGCUAUACUACGAUGUCGAGCCCUUCUUAUUCUACGUCAUGACAGAAAAUGACAACUUCGGGUGUCAUUUCGUCGGCUACUUUUCGAAAGAGAAACGGCCCAGCUCGCUCAACAACGUUUCUUGUAUUCUCGUACUUCCCAUUCACAUGCGCAAAGGCUACGGACAGUACCUGAUCGAGUUCUCCUACCUCUUGACCCGCGUGGAGAGAAAGACUGGAAGCCCCGAGAAACCUCUCAGUGACAUGGGUUUGGUAAGUUAUCGGAAAUACUGGCGGCUUGUCCUGUGUGAGGAACUACUCCAACAAAAGGCUGCGAUCAGCAUAUCGGCCAUAUCAGAUCGCACCGGCAUGACACCUGAUGACAUUGUAUCAGCAUUGGAAGGCCUACGAGCUCUCGUGCGCGACCCUGUCACGAAGAAGUACGCGCUGCGACUAGAUCUGAACUACUUCAAGUCAUACAUUGAGAAAUGCAAUGCAGCAGGCAACCCAAAGAUCAACCCAGACUGUCUGAUAUGGACACCGUACGUCAUGGGCCGUUUAGGUCAAUACGAAGAUGGACCAGCCUUGCAGACAGUGCAACAGCGCGACGAAAUCGAAGAAGAAGACAAGCCCGCACCCGAAGAAGGUGUACAAAUGGCAGCAGCAAAAGCCAACGGUACAGGCGAUGAAGCAGACGGCCCCCACCCCGCCGAAGACUCCAUCAACGGCGGCUCACCAGCCCCUGGCACACCCCUCGCAAACGGCUCCACCGUCGCACUCGCCGGCUCCCACAUGGACGAACCCGCAAUCCCACCCUCGCGCUACGAAAUCUUCCCACCCAUUCCAGGGCAACCUGCGCAGCGCCGCCGACCCGGUCGCCCCUUUGGCUCCCGCCGACGUACCAGCACUCCCAACCGCAUCCGCAACACCUCCCUCUCCAUUCACACAGCCCCUGUAUCCAAAAUCCAACUCUCGCCCAGCCGCGGCGCAAAAGCCCUCAUGUCGCCCUCCGCGAACGGCGCCCUCACACCAGGUACUAUCUCCCUCCGGCGUACACGCAGCCGCCUCGGCGAAAGCGUCACAAACGGGGACGAUGUCUCAGACGGCGGCGCUGUUAAAGCUGUUGUUGUUAAUGGGAGGAGGAGCACAAGAAGCUCUGCUAGCUCGAGGGGUAGCAUUGACUUCAAGGGGAAAGGCAAAGCGUUGCCGAUUGAAGAGGAACAGGAGCAUGAUGAGGAUAUUGAUGCCGAUGGCGAUUAUGAUGAGGAAGAGGGGGAUAUGGAUGUUGAUGCUGAGGGGGAGGAGGAUGAUGAUAUUAUCAUGCAAGACGCGUGAUUAUUGUCGUUGAACACCUUUUGUUCUCUUCUCUUCGACCACGUCUUGUAAUACUUUGGUGUCGGUGUUGAUGUUCAUCUGGGCUCUAAAGGCGCGGGUCUGAUAUGACACCGAACCUCCUUUUCUCUAUUCUCUUUUUUUUUUAUCGAUCUCAGCGCGGAGAAAUAGGGUUUCGCUUCUUUGUAGUAUCACAGUUGUGCGCAGGUUGGGAAUUUUGGUGUAUAUGCAUUACGGAGAUACCUUGGGACAGCGAAUGGGAGGACGAAGGGAGGCGUUAAUCAACAUAUCAAUUUUAACUCUGGAGAUGUCUCUUCUUUCGACUUCUUUUGUUAGUGAUGUGUGGGUAUGACGUUUUUGAGGUGGUGUUUG